CCGAGAUCCUGGGAGGCCCUCAAACAUACCCAUUUCCCUCUUUAUUGUCAGAUAAAUUGCCAUUCACUCGGUCUCAGUGCGUGUCGAAAAUGUAAUCAGUCCUCCUCUCUAACUUCACAAUGUCCCAAUACCCCUUUUCUUGGGCCGCAGUAGCCUUGCGACCGAGAGCUACCCGUCCCCUUCGCUCGUACUCGACCAAGAGCAUCGACUCAAUCCUCAUUGCAAAUCGAGGAGAAAUUGCUCUGAGGGUUAAUCGCACUGCCGCUCAGCACGGCAUCCGCACCACUACUCUGUACACGAAUCCAGAUGCUCAUUCACAGCACGCUCUUUCCUCCCCCUUCUCCUUCAACCUCGGCGCGACAGCCGCUUAUUUGGACCAGGAGAAAAUCCUCCGAAUAGCGAAACAAGAGGGCUGUCAAGCUAUUCAUCCUGGCUACGGCUUCCUCUCUGAGAAUGCAGAGUUUGCAAAGAGAUGUGCGGAAGAGGGUGUUACUUUCAUCGGCCCUCCAGCAAGUGCCAUUGAGGAUAUGGGCGACAAAGCUAGGAGCAAAGAGAUCAUGAACGCGGCCGGUGUUCCUUGUGUACCUGGCUACCACGGAUCUGACCAGGCACCUGAGACACUUGCACAAGAGGCGGACAAGAUUGGAUAUCCUGUCCUGAUUAAAGCUGUUCGGGGCGGAGGCGGCAAGGGAAUGCGAAUCGCAAAAACUGCCAAUGACUUCCCAGACAUGCUUGAAAGCGCAAAGAGUGAGGCCAGGAAUUCAUUUGGCAACGAUGAAGUCCUCGUCGAAAAAUACAUCACCACCCCACGUCACAUUGAAGUUCAAGUAUUUGCCGACAAGCACGGAAACUGUGUUGCCCUUGGUGAACGAGAUUGUUCCAUUCAACGCCGUCAUCAGAAAAUCCUCGAGGAGUCUCCAGCUCCGAACCUGGACGACUCGAUCCGGAAAGAUCUGUGGGACAAGGCACGAGCGGCUGCACUUGCUGUCAAGUACGAAGGAGCCGGUACCGUCGAGUUCAUUUUUGACAACGACACGGGUGAAUUCUACUUCAUGGAAAUGAAUACUAGACUCCAAGUGGAGCAUCCGGUCACUGAAAUGGUAACCGGUCUUGAUCUUGUCCACUGGCAGAUCUUGGUCGCAGAAGGCAAACCACUCCCUCUCACCCAGGAACAGGUGGAAGAGCAGAUCUCUCGACGUGGACAUGCCAUCGAAGCUCGAAUCUACGCCGAGAACCCAGACAAGGGAUUCAUACCCGACUCUGGCAAACUUUUGCACGUUCAGCUCCCGAAAGAAAGCGCAGACGUGCGGAUAGAUAGCGGAUUUGUGCAAGGCGACGAAGUCUCAAGCCACUAUGACCCCAUGAUCGCCAAGCUGAUUGUCAGGGGCGGGACUCGAGAAGACGCUCUACGCAAAAUGGUUGCAGCAUUGCAAGACUACGAGGUGGCUGGACCAGUAACAAACAUCGAUUUUCUCAAACGAAUAUGCAAAUCCCCUGACUUCGUUGCUGGCAAGGUCGAGACGGGGUAUAUUGGAAAACACCAUGAGGAACUCUUCCCGCAGAUAAGUGCCACCUCAGAAGUCCUUGCUCAGGCUGCGAUUGCUUCGUUCCUUCGCCAUUCAAAUGCUCACAACUCACCUGCAUCGACUUCGGCCUGGCAAGUAUCUCCCCCUUCGUGGCUCAAUACAUCAUCCGACUUCCAGCCACGGACCUUCCAAUUCACGACCGCAAAUUUCGAACCCGAACCUGGAAAACAGUCUGAAAUCCUUGCCGUGGAACUUCGACAGACAAGUCCGGGCACAUUCUCCGUGUCAACUCCAAAUUCGGACCCAAUUUCGAUUUCAUCGUCCUUCGACCCCGAAUCAAAUACACUAACAACUUACUUUCCUCAUACACGCCAUACCUCACACAUCAUAUUCUCUCCUCCUUCAGCCUCGUCAGGCUCCGGGUCGAACCCAGAAAUCAUCCAUCUCUUCACACCACAUGGCUCCUUCCUUCUCUACUCACCUUCACCUUCAUGGCUCCAGAAAGCCCUGGGUGUGACCGAGAAACCCAAUUCAUUGCUCUCCCCUAUGCCGGCUAAGAUCCUCCGCGUACUCGUAUCGCCGGGGGAUGUGGUGAAGAAGGAGCAGCCGCUGAUCGUUAUUGAGAGCAUGAAGAUGGAGACGGUUAUAAGAAGCCCGAUGGAAGGGGCUAAGGUGCAGAGAAUAGUGCACGGGGAGGGCGAGGUGGUCGCUAGCGGCGUUGCCCUUGUAGAAUUCGAAGAAGAUGGGACAGACGGAGAAGGAAAGUGAACGAUGGUAGGAAAGUGUUGAGAACGUGAGCUAUGAGGGUGUAUAUCCCAGUUUUUGACGUGGGGGAAUGCCACAAGACCAUAAUAUCCAAGCGACCCGGCUGGCUGAUGUCGACUUGCGAGGCUUGCAAGGGUAAGAAAUGUAUGCUAUACACUCUCUCUGGAGGACGAGAGCAAUCGAAGAGCACGCAAGGCUGGCUCGUCUUACGCCCGUAUGGUGCCGCUGCUGCCAAUUACGUGGGGAGACCAUUUGACCCCUGCGCCGCGACCUUCUCAAGUGUCAAGCAACCGUGACGAGAAAUAAAGAAGAUACACACGAAGGCCAAAAAAAAUUGUAAAGAGCAUUGUGCUCGUACCCAUGUCUCAUUCAUGAAAGAGGCUCUUGGGGUCGUCAUGUUUUCCAACAGUGUAUUGAUUAGAUGGAGGCCUAUCUCAGAGGCUGAUAGACUGCCUGAGCCUGUCUCUGAAUAUGUCCAUCCCUG